AUGGCCACCACCACUACUGUGAUGGAGCAUACGAGUGCUCCCAUCAGAGCCGUCAAUGAUGGCCGAAUGAAGAUGGAUGGCAACGAUCCGGCCUACGGCGACUGGAGGGACGACCUUUUGCGAGAUGGCUAUGCUGUCAUCAAGGGUGCCAUCCCAAGAGAGCGCGCAGACGCCUACGCAGACAAGAUGUACGCCCUGCUUGAAUCAUUUGGUCUUGGCUAUGACCGCAACGACCCUUCAACUGUUCAUCCGGACAAGCUCCCUGUAAUUAACGAGAAGGGCAUGCUGAUGGCCUACGGUGCUUGCCACGAAGAUUUCGUUUGGGACAUUCGCAGUGAGCCCAAGGUCGUAGGAGCUUUUGAGAAGGUCUAUGACACCGAGGACCUGCUCGUUUCCUUCGAUGUCAUUAACUAUGGCUUUGCCAACCGCACCCAUCUCCCCGAGAACAAGCCUUGGCCCCAUCAAGACCAGGACCCUGAGAAGCCUGGCUUCCGCUGUCUCCAAGGCCUCGUCAACCUACACCCCUGUGGCCCGGAUGAUGGCGGCUUGAUCGUCUGCAAAGGAUCCCAUAACUUGAGCGCCCAGUUCCAUGAGGACCUAAAGGACGAGCCCCGAAUCCCAGCUUGGACCAAAGAGUGGUAUGGCUUCACGGACCGCGGCAUGGAAUGGCUCAAGGAGCAUGGUGGCGAGUGGCACAAGGUCUGCGCCGACCCGGGUGAUCUCAUUGUAUGGGAUUCGCGCACUGCCCACUACAACGUUCCUGUCAAGGGCAAAAUUGACCGCAUGGCGGUAUACACUUGCUUCAUGCCAGUGGAGGAUGCCACUCAAGAGGACCUUCUGCGGAAGAAGGCUGCAUACGAAGGCCGACUUGGCACUACCCACUGGCCCAACGCCCGGCACACGGGUUCCAACGUCGCAACUCGCAACGGAAAGCCGGAUCAUGUUGUUCGGGACUGGCCACUAAAUGAUAAGGUGCUAAGUGAGAGGGCUUUCAAGUUGACUGGAAUUCCAUACAUCAAGGUGUAG